AUGGACCGCGUAGAAGAAAUCCAGUCGGCCGCUCAGUCGGCGGCCGCUCGCGUCUCGGACAAGAUCCUCGAGCUCAGCGAACAGCUCGGUGCUCACCCAGCCGUCAAGAGCGCCCUCGACCACCCCAUCUUCCAGCACGAGAUCUUCCAGCAUCCCGCUUUCCAGCACCCCUUGCUGCGCGACCCCAUGGUUCUGGCAGCGAUUGCUGGUCUCCUUGUGAUCCUCCUCGUCUUCUCUUGUUUCCCCUCGAGCAACAAGGCGACUGUCGCCCGCCGUGCUGGUACUCGGACGGUCCUCUUUGUUGGUCCUCCUGAUAGUGGAAAGACGGCCCUCUUUGCAAAGCUCUCGCAAGACGAGCGGCCGCCGACUCACACCUCCCUCCUGCCCUCGGUGUCCACUGUUGCCCUUCCCUCUGACGGCGGCAAGCCCAAGGCCAUCCGCCUCGUGGACCUUGCGGGCCACGCCCGUCUUCGUGACCAGGUCGGAGAGCACGUCGAGACUGCGGACGCUGUUGUAUUUGUUGUCGACGUGGUCGCCCUUGUUCGCAACGCUGCUGCUGCUGCCGAGGAGCUUCCGCCUCUCCUGACCCAGCUCGCCGGCUCGGCCUCUCGCCGUGGCCUCUCUGCGCCGGCUCCCCAGCUCCUCAUCCUCGGCAACAAGACCGACCUCCUCGCCCGCGACGCUUCCAACACAUCCCCUCCCGAGCUGCUCCCGCAGUCGCGCGCGACGGCCCACGAGCGUGUCCAGUCCAUCCUCACUCGCGAGAUGGACCGCCUGAAGACGGCGCGCGGUGCCGGUGGCGUCGGCGGCCGUAUCGAGGGCAUGUCGCGCGUGUCUUCUGGCGGCCGUGGGUUCUGGGCUCGUCUGUUCGGCGGCGGCGGCGCCAGCACCGAGCCCGAGGCCAGCACCGAGGACGACGAGGCCCUUGUGUGGGGCGGUGCCGGACCGUUCCGCUGGGAGGACAUCGAGGGUGUCGAUGUCUCGUGGGCGGUGAGCGGUGUCGGCUCGGCCAACUGGACGGCGGUGACCGAUGGUGUGGGCAACGGGCUGGACGAGCUCACGGACUUCCUUGCGGACCUGUAG